CGAGGAUGAUAUCUGGCCGACUGACUGCGGCGCCAACGACUCACAAUUGUUUUUGCUCCACCAUGCGCACGGUUGCCCUCCUCUUCGCGGUGCUCUUCGCGGCGACGGCCGUCGAGGCCCUCGACCAGAAGCUGUACGGCAUCAACUACACGCCCCGCAAGGGCCCCGACUACUUCUCGCUCAAGAAGCGCUGCAAGAACGCCACCGAGAUCGACUUCGACAUGGUGCAGCUCCGCAAGAUCACGGACCGCAUCCGCAUCUACUCCAUGACCGACUGCAACACGGCCGACCUCGUCAUCCCCGCCGUGCGCCGCGCCGGCAUGAGCAUCUGGGUAGGUCUCUGGGUCGGCCCCAACAACACGGUCUACGCGGAGGAGAAGGCGUCGCUCAUCAAGCAGCUCAAGAACGGCAACGUCAACAACCAGACGCUCGGCCUCCACGUCGCGUCCGAGGCCAUCUACCGCAAGGACAUCAACGUCUCGACGGCCAUCGCUGACAUGAACGAGAUCCGCUCGAUCAUGAACGCGGCCGACGUGUACAUUCCGAUCACGAUCACGGACAUCGCCGACACGUACAUCCAGUACCCGCAGCUCGUCAAGGCCGUCGACAUCAUCUCGGCCAACUCGUUCCCGUUCUGGGAGCUCGCGGUCGCCGAGACGGCGGCGCAGAAGAUGUACAACCGCAUGUACCCGCUCAUGCUCUCGGCGCAAAAGUACAAGAAGAAGAUUCUGAUCUCCGAGACGGGCUGGGCGACCAAUGGCACGUCCAACGGCGCGUCGCUCGCGACGCCGUCGGCGGCUGCGACGUGGCUCAACGACUUUUACUUCCUCGCCAAGGACGUGCAGUGGGACUACUACUGGUACACGUCGUACGACACGCCGUGGCGCCACCUCGAGGGCGACAACACGACGGCCGAAGUCGAAAACUACUUUGGCUUGUACUUCCUCAACCACACGCUCAAGCACGUCUUCACCAACAUGAACUUUACGCGCCGCGUCAAGCUCGUCACCAAGAUGCCGCUGCCCAAGACGAACGCGACGGCCACGCUCGCGCCCAUCGCCGGUGCCACGACGACGGUCGCUGCGACGACGGUUGCCCCGGCCACGACGGUCGCCGAUGCCACGACGGUCCCGGUCACGGACGUCCCGGUCGUCACGGCCUCGGUCGCCGCCAACGCGACGGGCAACACGACGGAGCCCCACCAGAAGAGCAAGAUCCUCUCCAUCUUGGAGGCGCUUGUCCGCGGCUGGAUGUUCUAAACCACUUGUGCUGCGAUCUAAGUAAUAUGUGUCGAACACUCUUUCACCGUG